AUGGAUCAUCCAGAGCCGAUUUCUAAACGUCCUAUAGAAAUUCCACAAUGUCGUAAAGGUUUCAAUUUAGAUGAAGCAAAAAACUUUAUCGAUCAAAUUAUGGAAGUAUUUCGUAGUUUAGAUGAUAUGACAGAUCUACGUUCAAUGUAUGAAACUGGUAAACAACUAAGUCGAUCAUAUUUUGAUUGUCAUACGUAUCGUUUGGAAUUAGCUCAAUAUUUAACGAAUUGUGAUUAUCCUGCUUUUGCGUCCAAAAUGAUGAAAAAAUUGAAUAAUAUGGGUGUGUUCAAGAAUGAUGAUAUUUGGUUCUCUUCAUUUUAUUUCUAUAAUACAACAUGGAAUUUUUCUGAUAUUUGGCCAGAAUUUGCCACUGCCUUAGCAAUUGCUGGUUUACCAAAUCUACUUAAUUUAAAUAUUGGACAUCAACCAUAUUUAGAGAAUUUAAGUAGUAAAAAUGUAUAUUAUUUAAUUAAAGCUAGUUUAUCUAUCAUACAUAAUAUAGCUCGUGUUCCAGGUAAUACACAUUAUUUUGCAUCUGAAUCAGUUCGACAAGCAUUAUUACAUUUAGCUCAACGUGAAGAAGAAUUUUUACACUGUGUUUCCACACUUUGUUUAGCGCACAUUAUUACUGAGUCAGAAAUUCAUUUAAUUACUGACAUAUCAAAUGGUGGUAUUGAUUUGUUAAGAAUUUUGUUUGGCUAUGUCACAUCAGCUCGUGUUUCCGAGAAACGAAGAUGUCAUGGAUUCCAAGUGCUUGAAUUAUUAUCCUCUGUUGCCGCUUUAUCUGUUCUUGAUCCCGUUAAGGCGAAUUUAUUGUCAUCACCUGUUAAUGUGAAUUUGAUUGCUGGUACAAAUAAUAAUCAAAGCACAGAGCAUAGUAUGACAUGUCUAAGUUUACUGAAAGAAUUAAUUGAAACUGCAUUACUUCCUAAUUCCAGUCCUGUUUCUAUUAGAGAAGCAGAAGAAGCAGUUCGUAUCUUAUGGAAUACAGUUUUUGAUUCAUCCAUUUGCACAGGAGUUUUACAGAUACAAUUAACAAGUUGGUUAAGUGACACUAUGGCAAAUCAUGCAGUUGCUUUACAAACUUAUAAAUCUCUUUCACGUGCAAUUGAAUCUAUUAAUUGGCAAUUGAAUACUUGUAUUUCGAAAAAUUCUAAAAAUGAACCUACAGAGUGUGGUCCUGUAUUAUUAUGUUUCUCACCGUCUAACCGUAUUGCUGUUAACCGAGUGGCUGGUCGUUUAAGAGAUGCUGGGAUUAUGCUUAAUAGUAUUCCUUUUGGUCCCGAAGUAAUACCAUCAUUAGAUGCUUCAGCAACUGGACUUACUAUGUGUGCGGCUAAUGCUACAAAUCAUGCUCAGUGGGUUGAAUCUAUUGAACAAGCCUCAGUCAUGAUCGCAUUUUUAAGUGAUUCAUUUCGCUUAAGUCCUGGUUGUCGAUGGGAAGUGGAACAUUUUUCUAGUUUUGAUACAAGCGUAUACUCAAAACCUAUUAUUCCUGUUAUACUACAACCAAAAUUUAAGUUGACUGGCUGGCUGAACCGUCUCAUUUCUCAACAUCCUAUUGAUUUCAAUGGUAAACGUGAUCCAGAAGCAAGCUAUGAUGCUUUGAUUAGCCAGGUAAAAGAAUUUUAUGGAGAGGCAAAGAAGCGUGCGGAGGCUGCUGCCUUAGUUGCAGCACAACAUCAGUUAUCCAUUGAUGCCAAAAAACACUUAUCAACUUCAGGCGAUACUGGAUUCCCCGGGAUACCCAAUUCAGAUGUGGCGUUGAAUCACGUCAAUGCAAGCCCCGCAGUUAGUAGUCGGGGUUCUCUGGGUCCGUCUCCAGGCAUUAAACGUGAAGAUCCAAUUCAUCUUAGUAAUCAGAUAGGAUUACAGAAGAUUUGCAAUCAAAACAUGAUUCCUGUGCAAUCAAAUAUUACAUCCCGACCUUUGGCGACUAAUGCCUGGCGUCAUGCUAUUCGUCCUUCAGUUCGUAAUUGGUCAACCUGCAAGGUUGCUUCAUGGUUGAAAUUUCGUGGAUUGGGCCAUGUACCUUCUCAAAUAG